AUGGCAUCGAAAGAGAUCCGCGGCACGGUCGGUUCCUUUUUCCAGCAGAUGAUAAAUUUGGGAAUACUUUAUGCUUACGGGCUGGCGGCCCUGUUGAACACCUUCCAGCUGAGUGUUUUGUGCGGCCUGGUUCCGGUGGUGUUCGGAGUCCUGUUCUUCUUCAUGCCGGACAGUCCGACGCAUUUGGUAUUACAGAUUAAUGAACGGAAAGCCGUCGAGGCCAUCAAAUGGCUCCGAGGUCCAAAGUUCGAUGCCACCAAGGAAGUCAAUGAAAUACGGGCCUUGCAGCAAAGCGUCACUGCAGCAGCGCAGCAACAACGCAACCAAUCCGAGGAGCUUCAUCCGUCCUCGAGCGACCAUCAAUGCCAAUUGCCGUUUGAUAAACGAUCCUCCGGGUGCUGCUGCUGCGAGUCCUUCACGCAUCCGGCCACUGUUCGAGCCUUGGCCAUCAUGUUGGGUCUCAUGUUUUUGCUGCAGAUGUCCGGCUUCAGCUCGCUGCUCUUCUACUCGACUUCCAUUUUCGGGGAAGUACAAGUGACCAUCGAUCCGGAACUGGCUACCAUAAUCGCCGGAGCCAUGCAAGUGCCGGGAACGUUGAUGUCAUCGCUAGUCGUGGACCGAGUAGGGCGCAGGAUGCUGCUGUUGGCAUCCGGUAGUAUCAUGUUUGUCAGUUUCCUGGUGCUCGGAGUUUACCUGCUGCUGUUGAGCCGGGAUCAGGUGGACGAACUUGGCUGGCUUCCGCUGACCACUCUCAGCCUGUACGUUACCUUCUACUCCCUCGGAUUUGGGCCCAUCCCUUGGCUGAUGCUCGGAGAGUUGUUCAGUCCGGACGUGAAAGGACCUGCCAGUUCGUUGGCUAACAUGACCAAUUUCGCCAUGUCCUUUGCCAUGGCACGGCUCUUUCCGGAGCUCCGGGAUGCCGUCGGUAUUGGAACGACUUUAAUCAUAUUCGCUGGCUGUUGCCUGCUAGCGGUGGUAUUUGUGGCCCUUCUAGUUCCGGAAACCAACGGGAAAUCGCUUAACGAAAUUCAACGAAUGCUGGCAGGUUCACAACGCAUCCCGAAGGAGGUCAUUCACCUGAUGCAAACAAAGUCUGCCGUCGGUGGUCUACGGAAAACGGCGUCUCAAGCCACACGUUUAAAGUUGGAAGUGUGUUGGUUGAUCUAA